AGAAAAGCUGCUAUUUGAACCAGAGCGGGGAUGUAGGUCGUUGUGAUUUUUGAACUAUUCGCUGCAGUUUUUCGCUUGACGUCAGUAGAUAAGUGUUUCAUUCAACACACUCCGGUCUCGACCGUGUGGACUAUUUUAAAUAUUUACACAGACAUAAACACCCACCAAGAAGUGCCUAUUGAGAUCGGCUGCAGGUACGGAUAGUCUGAAAAGACACCUGAAAAAUAUUUGUCAAGAAGUCUGAGCAUUGUGCCCUGUCUCAAAAAAAAGAAAACUCCUUGUUUUCCAUGUGUGAAAGCAAAAGAGAAAAUGACUAGCAUGGAAGAUCCAGAAAUUGAUGAAUGUCGUGAAAAUAUUCCACCCGGAGUCAACGCUGCAGCUGAGACUUCAAAGCUCAAGGUCCACAUAGGAGAUGUGGUUGGAUAUUCCUCUGCACAGCCAAGUGGAGAAAACAAGCCUCUCUCUGACACCUGCACCUUUUCCACCCCAGCUCCAGAAAGCAGCAAUGGAGGAGUCAAGGCAAAGUCACGGAUCUCUGGUCUUCAGUCUGCUCUAACACCAAUUUUAAAAUACUUAAACAUUGGCAAUAAAUGUCCAACUCCAGAGCCUUUAAAAAAUGGAAGCAAUCCUCAUAUCAAUGUUCCCAUUUUUUCCUUUGGUGUUACCAAAGCAAAUUGUCAAAAAUCAACUGGAAGUUCUAGCCAACCUCCCAAUCUAGAUUUCUCCAUUAGCCCUUCUGGGCAAUCAUUAGGUGAUAAGGAUGCUGCUGUGUACUGGCUAGAUGACGAAUACUUUCCAGAAAUUACUCUCCUUGAUGUUACGCGUGAUUCCACUAUGCAGAUGACUAGAAAUGAUUCAGCUCUUCCUGACAGCGUGCCUGCAACACCAGUAACAGCUAGGUCUGCGAACAGCACAUUUUCCACUCUCCAGCCCUCCCAGUUGACUCCCUCCUCUGACAUAAACAUUACUGCGCACAAAUCCUGCACUCAGAAUAAGACAGUGGAUCCUCUCCAAUCGAAUGUUAGCAGUCCUAAAGCAGAGAGAGACGCUACAGAUCAGGCUAGCUCAGUCUCUAAGAACACUAUUGAAACUUCCCUUGUUAUGAAUCAGAAUUGUUCAGCUGGUGGGGCAGGUGGAUCAUGUGAUUUGCAGGACACAACUUUUGAUAGCUAUUCUGUUCAAAAAUCCAAUGUCAAUACGAUUUUAGGGGAACGCUGUGAUACAGCUUUUUGUCUCAAAAACAACACUUUCACUAGCUCAAGAGACAGUCACCAGAAUACUAUGGACAAGUCCUCUCCUCCUAAGGUCUGUAAUGUAUUUACUAGCACUAAUGAAAACAAUUCUGAAGUCCAUCCUCCUAAACUGUCAAAACAUAAUGGGACAACAGCUGGUACAGACCCUAAUGCCAAGAUGGUUGACACCCUUGAGAGCAAGGGCGCUCCUGUGCGCUGGCUGGAUGACAGGUAUUUCCCAGAAAUUACUCUCCUUGAUGUUACACGUGAGUCAGAGCUAUCACCAGGAGCAGAGAUAUCCUCUUUGGACGUCACACAGGAUCUUCCACCAGUGGAUAAUGUGAAAAACAGUAGGCCUUCAUCAGAGCUCAGUGGACAAAUUGAGGCAGACCCUGGCAGACCGGACAUGAUUCAAAGUGAAGAACUGUCAAGUACUCUCACUGGCAAUGUCACCCACACCAUAAGCUCCUUUAGUGAACAAUCUGAUAGGUUUGUGGGGGAGAACAACAUGAAAGCUUCCUUGGAAGUAACUCGGGAUAUUUCUAUGGGUAGUGUUUUGGAAAACAGUAGGUCUUCACAGGAGCCCAGUGGACAAAAUAUGGUGAAGAGUCAAACUUCGGCUGAGAACACACUUGAUACCGAUCCUGCUAAUGUCACUCGCGACAUGUGCUCCUCUAGUGACAUGUCUGUUCAGUGUGCUGCGUCACAGUUCUCUACCUCUGAUAUGCACUGUAACACCAGUUUGAAAAAUGUCACUUCUGACCUUAAUGUUGAACCUGUGGAUACCUCUUAUACUGUGGAAACUAACAAUGAAGAGCUGCUUACUAGCCAUGAGGCUGAGUUGACAGGCAAAGUGCCACAACCAAGCCCAAAAACAGCUGGGUCUGUAGACAGCACAUUUACCAUUGUCCAACCCCCCAAUCAGAGUGCCUCCACCGAUUUAAAUACUACUGCUCAAAUAGCCAGCCCUCUGAAUAGGACACUCGAUCUUCCCCCAUCUAGUGUAAACAGUCCCAAAACCGAGAGAGAGGCCACGGAUCAGGUUAGUGCAAUCCUUAAGAAAUCUACUGAAACUUCCCUUGGUAUUAAUCAAAAUUGCUCGUCUGUAAAGGCAAAUGGUUCAUGUGAUGUGCAGAAUGCCACUUUUGAUAGGCAUUCUCCUCAAGAAUCCAGUGGAAAUAAUAAUUUAGGGGAUGCUGGUGCUACAUUUUGCCUCCAGAAUAACACUUUUGAUAGUAAACCUCCUUCUAAACAGAACAGUACAAUAACUUUGUCAGAAACCAGCUCAAGUGUCAGUCAACAGAAUAGUAUGGACAAGCCCUCUCUUUCUAAAGUCUGCAAUCCAACCACUACCCCUAAAGACAACAAUUCUGAAGUCCACCCUCCGGAACUGUCAAAACAAAAUGGGACAACAACAAGUACAGAACCAAAUGCCAAGAUGUUUGACACCACUGAGAGCACGCUUGAAGCUAAUCCAGCUGUAGAGGUGGCUUCUGGAGCUGGUAGACGUAAGACUAAAGAUCAUUCACAAUCAGGUCUGUCUGUGACAGAUGGUCUUUCUGACACUUGGGGCCAUCAAGGCAUGGACAUGGAGAACAACAAAGCAAAGACACUCAAUUUGGAUGACACCCUAGAUCUAAGAGUAGACUCUUUGGUUACUUCAACGCCGAUGACUAACUGUAAAGUGUUCCACUUCAGCACUGAACGUGAGGAGAGCAAAAACAUAGGGGCACAGAAAAAACUGUACGGGGAUAGGACCAGUGAGCCAGUUGGUCAGGUGCCAUCAAACGUUCCAUCAAACAUCAUCUCUGACCGAAAAACAUUCCUGACGCAACCCGCUGCUAAAUCCCAUUUGCCUCCUUCGAAAGUAGCAUCCCAGCUGUUGAAAUACAAGCCAGCUUCAACGCUCCCAGGAAGGUGUGAGCCAUCGACAUCAGGCCUGCCAACGACAAGACAGAGAACCCAAGCUGAAGCUUUGAAAAAUAAUGCAGCUUCUGAUGCAGCCCAGGGGACCACAGGAAUAUCAAGCUCCUACAACUUGCGUGCUACAACAACAGGAUCCAAGCAGCCCAACUCUGGCUUACCGAGACCACAGUUGAGUGGGAUACCAUCAGGCAUCCAGAGAACUGCACCAGGUCUCAGGCCACCAUCAGCAAGAAGCAAUGCACUAGCUUCAAGUACUGACAAACUCCGUGGGCCUUCAGCUACUAACCCAGUGACAAAGACUUCACAAGCAAAGAAGCACAUCUUAACCAGAGGGGAAGCGUUGCCAAUAGCAAAGAGGAAGAAAAUGGACGCUCCCUUACCAUCCGGUAGUGCUGAAGCCUCAGCAUCUUCCUGUGAAGCUGUAAACGGAGCCAAAAACCUGAAACAGCCCACAAACAGUCAGAGAGCUUUGCCGGCUAAAACCCAAAAAGAUGAUGCUGCAGUGCCAGCCAGUACUGCUGAACCCUCAACAUCUUGCAAUGCUUCCAGCAGAGCCAGAGCACUGAAACAGCCUGCAAGCAGCCAUAGAGCUCUGCUAGCUAAACCCCAAGGCCAUGGGUGUGCCAAAUGUGUCGCGCUUGAAGAGCAACUCAAAAUAAAAUCAGAAGAAAUAAAGAGACUGAAGGAAGAGCUGCUAAAGUACAGUAAACAAGGAGAAGAGUGCUGAAUGGUCCAAUAAAAUCCCAAUAUGAAUGUUUAAUAGCAUAUCUAUUGUUAAUAAAAAUGUUGAGUUACAGUUUCACUGUAAAUAUUUUAUAUUCAAUAAAGGGAUUUUAAUUAUAUUAAAAAUGAUAACAUGUUACACUGCUUUUACCCACUGAGGUCAAUUUGUUAACUUUAAUCAAUAUUAUGAAGCUCUUCGGGGUAUAAUAGUGGCUUUGGAUGACCAGUCAUUACAUUACUGAAAUUUGGUCUGAUAUAACCUGCUCACAGGAAAACUCCACAAGACAGCGUAAUAUAACAUCACAGGUUCUUCAGCCCCCUGAAAGGGAUACCAAUUAUAACCUGAACCAUACGUACCUUUUUUUUAAAUGCUCUGAAUCAGUUUUCAUCUAACCUAAAAGAAUAUUAAGAAGAUAUGGCAAAGCUAUGUUUGUAAAGAUGCUGAAGCAGUACUUUUUCCAAUGCCAGAGUAAAUAUUAAAUUAUACUGAUGGCCGAUGCUGAAAUUAAGAUACUGUAUAUGGGUGUAGAACGCUGCACCCUUCAUGUUUGUACCCUCUGAUUAUGGAGUUUCACAUUUUGAAAAAACAAAUCCUUGAGACAUGUGGGCCAACUUCUUACUCUGACAUGCUUGGUGCAGUAUUUAGAGUAUUUAUGUAUGUAUGUAUGUGAGAUGUUUGAAAUAAAUGUGCUGUG